AUGGUCGGAACAGGAUCUAGUAGCGGGAAAGCACGAGCCAAGGCCAAGUCCACUCAUCCCGGGCUGGACUGCAGUUCCCUACUAGCCAUGUUCACAGGCUCCUGUGACGUGGGAACUAUGCUGAUCGUAGGUGCCGGAGCCCCGGUCAAUCUGGCUGAUGUGCUCGAGUAUCUGACCGCUGAAAUCCUCGGGCUGGCAGGAAAAGCGGCCUCCGGCAACAAGAAGAGCCGCAUCGUCCACACACACCUGCAGCUGUCCGUCCACAACCAGCAGGGACUCAACAAUCUGCUGGGAGGUGUCAUCGUGUCUCAGGGCGGGAGCGCUGCCUUAUAUCCAGGCCGGGCUGCUGCCCAGGAGAAGCAGCGCUGUGAGAUCCAAGAGCAAGUGAAGUAG